ACCCCUCCAAGCCCCAUCCCAACUUCUUCACUCCAGUCUUCAACAACCUCGUCUACUCUACUCCAACUCUCUUUAAUCUUAACCCGUAGACCGCAACUCCAUCAAUCGACCUCUCAGACACCAAUACCCUCACCCACCACAAAUCCCAAACCAAUCACACCUCACCACUCCUCCAUCAACCCUAUCCCUCACCCCCAAAUGUCCACCCAACCCCCCUCCUCCCUCCCCCCGCACAAACUCGCCCUCCUCCAAUCCUGCCUCAGCGCCAACGCCCUGAAAUUCGGCACCUUCACCCUCAAAUCCGGCCGCACAUCCCCCUACUUCUUCAACGCCGGCCUCUUCCACGAGGGGCACCUGCUGCGCUCCAUCUCCAAUGCCUUCGCGCACACCCUGCACCACUCCGAACUCUCCCCCCAAGCCCCGGGCGCCGCUCCCGCCUUCGACAUCCUCUUCGGCCCCGCCUACAAAGGCAUCCCGCUCGCCUCGACCGCCCUGCUGAAGCUCUGCGACAUCGACGAAACGCGCUAUGGGGGGCUGAGUUACUCGUUCAACCGCAAAGAAGCGAAAGACCACGGCGAGGGGGGCAACAUCGUCGGUGCGCCGCUGGCCGGGAAGCGAGUUGUGAUUAUUGAUGAUGUGAUCACGGCGGGGACGGCGAUACGGGAGGCGAUUGAGAUAAUCAAGGUGCAGGGCGGGGAGUUGGUGGGGAUCGUGGUGGCGUUUGAUCGGAUGGAGAGGGUGGGGGAUGGAGAGGGGAGUGCGAUUGGGGAGGUGCGGAGGCAGUAUGGCGUGUCGGUGUUGAGUAUUCUAAGUUUGGACGAUGUGGUGGAGUUUCUGAGGGGGCUGGGGGGCGAGGAGGAUUUGAGGCGGUUGCAAGAGUAUCGGGAGAGGUAUCAGGCGAGGGAUUGAGAAGUGGGGUGGGUGCGUGGGUGUUUGUGAUGGCAUGGCGCAAAUUUGGAGUUUAGAUGCACUAAAAGGGAUAUGGGUAAGAUACAUAUAUUGUAUAUCGGUAUUUGGAACUCGACCAGGCUGCGGCGAUGGAAUUGUAUACCAAACAGAGGCUUUUAUUCCGGGCCUAUUUUCGCUAGCAAGCACUACCAUUUUUGUAGGAAUCCCUGCGCUGAUUGCUCAGACACCUUCCACGCUCCCGCAACCAUGCAAGAGGAAAUCAAAAA